AUGGCGGCUUCGGGUGCGUCCGACGGGAGCGACAUCUUUAAGCGGAGCAUCAACCUGAUGAUCGUCUCGGAUCUUGACAACACCAUGGUGGACCACAAGGACCCCAAUCACGAGUCGCUGCGCGAGUUCGCGUCUCUCUGGCAGUCCACGUUCGCGGGGGACUCACUGCUCGUCUACUCCACUGGCCGCUCGCCCACCCUCUACAAUCAGCUCAAGAGCCAAGUGCUGCUGCUCACGCCUGGGAAUGCGGGGAUCACCCACGGUCCGUGGGUUUGGGAGGAAUAUCUCGGCCUUGUCUUCCAUUUCAUUCAACCCUCUUUUCCCCUCACUCCCCCUCCAGACAUGGUGAUCAUUGGGCACGGAGAUCACCUAUGGCGCGUCCAUGCAACCGGACAAGCCCAGACGGCACCCCCUCUUCCCCACACACCCUUUCCCCCACGCCUCUUUCGCAUUUCCUCUCCAGACAUCGUGAUCAUGUCAGUGGGCACGGAGAUCACCUACGGCGCGUCCAUGCAGCCGGACAGGGGGUGGGAGGAGUAUUUCGGGCCUCACUCCCCUUUCUUACCCACUCUCCCCAUCAUUGCUCCUCCCCUCUCCUCCAGACAUUACAUUGUGAUCAUGUCAGUGGGUACGGAGAUCACCUAUGGCGCGUCCAUGCAGCCGGACCAAGGGUGGGAGGAGUAUUUCGGGCCUCACUCCCCUUUCUUACCCACUCUCCCCAUCAUUGCUCCUCCCCUCUCCUCCAGACAUUACAUUGUGAUCAUGUCAGUGGGUACGGAGAUCACCUAUGGCGCGUCCAUGCAGCCGGACCAAGGGUGGGAGGAGUAUUUCGGGCCUCACUCCCCUUUCUUACCCACUCUCCCCAUCAUUGCUCCUCCCCUCUCCUCCAGACAUUACAUUGUGAUCAUGUCAGUGGGCACGGAGAUCACCUAUGGCGCGUCCAUGCAGCCGGACCAAGGGUGGGAGGAGUAUCUGAACGAUGGGUGGGACAGGGCCGCCGUGGUGGACGUGGCUAAGGGCUUUCCACAGCUGCGGUUCCAGGCGGACUCAGAGCAGCGGCCGCACAAGGUCAGCUUUCACCUGGAGAAGGACAAGGCAGGCAACGUGGUGGAGGAGCUGAGGGGCAAGCUGGCGCAGCGAGGGCUGAAGGCGAAGGUGAUAUACAGUGGGGGGUACGAUCUGGACAUUCUGCCGGAGAGGGCGGGCAAGGGGCAGGCCAUGGCGUACCUGCUGCGGCAGUUCACGCAGCACAGUGGGGGGGCGCCUAAGCACACGCUGGCGUGUGGUGACUCGGGCAAUGACGCAGAGCUCACAGCACAAGUAUUACAUCUCUUCCAUGUUCCCCCUUCUCCCUUUUGUCCCAUCCGCCUGCAGGUAUCCAACGCAAUGGAGGAGCUGGUGGAGUGGCACAGGGCGCACCACAGCACGGACCAUGUGUUCCGGGCCACCAAGCGCUGUGCAGGGGGGAUUAUCGAGGCCAUCAAGCACUUCAAGUUCGGCCCCCAGUAG